AUGCCGAGGCUGGCUGCCCGCCUGCUGGCGGCCGCGCUGGUGGCGGUGGCUCUGGCGCGCCCAGUGGCAGCCAGACACGCACCCAUGUCGAGCAACACCACAGUGCUGACGGUGGAGGCCGUCCCAGGCUCUGGCAGGUUUCACAACAUAGCUGUGGAUGACCCUCGAGGGCCCCACUACGUGUAUGCGGUGGAUACGUCGAGGCACACCGUGGGCCGCAUUGCGCUGGACACGGGAACGUGGGAGACGGUGGCGGGGCUGGAUGGCACGCCUGGCUACCGUGACGGCCCUGAAGGGCCAGCUGGCCAGCCAGCCCUGUUCAACCGGCCGUCGGCCAUCUGCCAGAUGCCGCACGGCCACCUCGCAGUGGCAGAUACGGGCAACGCCUGCAUCCGGCAGAUCGACGCCGCCACCAAGCAGGUGUCCACCCUGGCGGGCCGCUGCGGCGAGCCAGGGGCCGCCGACGGCCCCGCAGCAGAGGCGCAGUUUGGAAGCAGCAUCAAGAGCAUCGCCUGCGCCAACUGCUCGGUGUUUGUGGGAGAUGUCAGCACCGGCAGGCUUAGGCUGGUGCGUGUGGACGAUGCCGAGUGCCUGGGCGCCAGCAACCCCAGCGGCAGGUUCAUCACCCGGGAGAGCGUCAAGUGGCUGCUGGCUGGCGUGGUCAUGCUGUCCAUCCUGGCACUGGGCGGGCGGCGCUACUUGCAGCGCCAUGCCGCAGCCGUGGGACAGCACUUGGAGCAAUCCCGCUCGGAGCGCGUUCCUUUACCUGCCGGGCCGCCAGCAGGAGGCUCACUGAGGCAGAAGUUCCUUGAUGCGGCGCACCGCUUCCACCUGCGCCACAAGCUGUCCGGCGGGGCAGCCGCCGAGGCGAUGCUGCGGGAGGAGGCUGGGGAUGAGGCGCUGCAGGAGGCCCCGCUGCCGCCUGAGCCUCUCCUUGUGGACAUUGAGGCGGAGGCUGGGGAGCAGGCGAGUGAAGCGUCCGCUGCCGCUGCCGCUGCCGCAUGGCUGGGAGUAGCAGGGGGGUCUGCGGCAGGCAGCCCCGAAGUGCUGAUCAGGCUGGACAGCCCCGAGCCGGGCAGCCAGCUGGCGCCCGCAGCGGACGUCCGCGUGCCCCAUGAGACUGCCAGUCCAGCGGCUGAGGAGGAGGGAGCGCCUUGUGCAGAGAAGGGGCGCGCCACCCCUGGUGCCCCCAGCCUCAGCAGCCCCCCCGACACUUUUGCAGACCUGAGCCCGCUGCCCAACAGCUGA